AAUAAUAUAUUGAUGAAGAAAAGAAAAUAAUCCAAGGCUUUGGAAAUAUUAUAGCGGUCUCUAUUUUUGAAACCCAAGUCUUAUUCAACUUUCCAAGCAAAGGGAAAGUCUCGGCAUCACUCAGUCAACACACCCCUUCACCCCUCCAGCGCUCUCGAUGACGACGGACAGUCGAGUGGCCAAGCCCCCCAGCACUAGACUGCGCAUCCCUGCCUCCCAUCAUCAGCAGCAGCAGCACAAUUACGUCUCAGUGUCAGGGCCUGGCCUGGGGCAGCUGGGCAUGGGCAUGGGCAGUCAGUCUUUCUUGCCUCGCCUUCAGUACAUUAUCUCUUGCCUUUCCCUCAAUUAAACAAAAUUUACUACAUUCUCUCUUCUACUCUGUCCUAUCAUCCUGUCGCUCGCCCAUACUACGCAUCAACAAAAUCACUGCGCAAUUCCUACCUAGAGGAGCAAGCAGCUAAUCGCGGAAGCUGGCCCGUCAUCCUUGCAUGGACACAGAGUAGGGACUGCGCUGCUGCAUUUCGACCCCUCGACGAAAUACCCCGCUACAACAGCGUGAUACGACUCGUGAACGGUUGGUCAGCCUCCAAGCAAAAGCUGCAAGCCACUGUUUCCCAUCACUGCGAGCAUCAGCAUCCUCUCGAGACGACAUUUGGCUUCUGCACCUCUGUUCAAAUUUCCCCAGACAUCGAGGCAAGCUAGAGAAGGUUGAGGUCGACCAUAGACACGGAAGACAGCAGAUAGUGAGGUCGCAGCAGAGACGAAGCAGACAAUAUGGCGCAGAAUGGCAGUGCUAUACCUCCAACAGGAGGAGCAGGAGCAUCGACAGCAGCCAAACCUACAAAUGGACAGGCACUGACAGGAAAACAAGAGCAUUGUAAGACCUCCUCCUUCUGCCUCCUCAACAAGCAAGCAAUCUUCUACAGACCAUCGUCACCUCAAUACCCACCAACUAACAUCCUCCACAGACCUCAAACGCGAGCUCAUCUCCCAACAAGUCAAAUACGAAAUCACCGAACUCAAUUCCCCGACUGCCCUCCAACGUUUCGGCGCACCUUUCAAAUCAGAUUUCGGGGAAGUAUCCCCGCUGGACUCAGAGCUGCCGAUUCUGAGAUAUAUCUUUGUGCAUCAUGUUCGCGAGUUUCCGUUCCUGGAUAAGGCGAAGGAGAAGGAGUUUUGGCAGGAUAAAUUGCAGGUGUUCCUUCAAUCAUUCGCCAAUAAGCAUAUUUCGUCUUCGGAAGAUCGACUGGAGGAGACAAAGCGCAGGAAGUUAUCUAUCAAAUGCCAGAAACUGGUUGAGCUGAUGAUGGUCUCUGGCAUUCCCACAGCCUCUGGAUAUGAAGAACGGAUUCGCUUCUCAGAACUUGAGGUUGUGGAUGCUGGGGCUAUAGAUCAUGGUGUUCUACAAAGUUUGCCAGAGGGACAUUAUACCAAUGGCUGGGAUGUGAAUGUUGCUGGUGUGCGAACGACCUCUGUGAAACGGAAUAUCCGUUACCAUAAGCAUGCGGUAUGUUUUGCGCAGAAACCACGUAGGAAAAAUGCUGAUAUGUGAUAGGAAUUCAUCUUGAGAGUCAAGAGGAAGAAUGAGCUGGAAUUCUUCAUUGGACGGCGAUAUGGCGAUUUUUCUAGGCUACACAAGAGGUUACGCACCGAAUUGCCAGGCAAGAUCCUUCCUCCUAUGCCGAAGAAGAAUAAGCAGAGUUCGACCGCUUCGAAUCUGUUGAGUGGGAUUACGGGAAGAGGAGAUGAUGAUGAUGCUUCGUCAAUAUCGUCAGUCUCAACUAUGGGAACUGUACCACAAGUCGCUUCCUCCAUGAACACACUUUCAGUAAAAGACCACCGCCGAAGUCCUUCUUCUGCCUCGUUCGGGAGAAGCUCACCCCGUACCUCUAUGGACAGCAGACCUCUAACUCCAGCACCAGAUGAUUCUGUCGUGUUAUGGCGCGAGAACCAGCGUAUCUCUCUGAGAGCUUUUCUCCGCACUCUACUUUCCAACCCACAAAUCGCCUCUACCAGAGCUAUCCAGGAUUUCCUGACCUUCGAACCAAUGACUCCAACCGAUGCAGAUGUUGAGGAUAUUGCAAGACGGAAGGCUAUGGAUGAGAAGAGAGUUGAGGAGCAGAAGCAGUUUUAUGAGAUUGCUAGGAAGAGAGCGGCUGAUUUGGAUGUUUAUAUGGAACAGUUCCGUCGGGAUAUCGUUGAAAGCAAUGGUCUUACCAAACUCUUCAAGGAAAUCAAGGAGAAAACAACGAUCCAGGAUUUGAGCAUUCAAUACCAGAAGUUUGCUGAGUGGUUGCGGAUCGAAGUUGCAGCUACGAUUUACCAUCUCUUCCUUGCUGAGGACAAUUCGCCAGAAUUGUUUGCCCAGAUGAAGAAGAUUCAUUCCAUGAUUCCGUAUACCAUGAUCAAGAACGCUAUUCGGAUAGCUAACCCCGCGGCCGUCAUGUCCAGUAUUCUCGAUAUCUUCCUUGCUCAACCUUUCGGAGCUAGAUCAUUGAUGCAGCGAAUCUUUGCUUUCACUCUCAACGAUGGAAUCAAGAGUUUCCAAAAAUCUAUCGACUCUCUUAUCAGCAAAAUUGAUGACGAUGUCCUGUGCGACAAGUUGAAGAAGUUCUCGGAUGCACCAGAGAAUGUCAAGAACGUGAUCAGAACCGAGUCAGAGCUUGAUUCGGUGGAUCUCAUCGUAGCUAUCCUUCGCUCAGAGGACAUCGAACCACCGUUGAACUCGAAGCAAAUUGGCAAGGUUUUCAACGCAUACGUGGCAUGGAAUAGUGCUGUUGAAAAUGUCGACGAGGAAAUGAAGCAAGGAGCCCAGCUUUUCUCGUACAUGAAGCAGCUGUUGAAGCUGUACACGAGACAGCGUGAUAAGGCUAUGAUGUUGAGCAUGAUUGAAGAGCCCGUCACGUUACAGCUUCUUAGAGAUCUCUUCACUAUCUUCUAUGAGCCUCUCGUCCGUGUUUACAAGUCCGCGAACGUGUACAACAGUGUCACGGACUUUGCAGUCUUUAUUGACGAUAUGAUUACCGUCGUCGACAGGUGCCGCGAACAAGACGUCUCCGCUGACCCCAACCAAACCGUCCAAGCCUUCAUCGACCUCUGCCAACGCCACGAACACAACUUCUACAAAUUCGUCCACGAAGUCCACACCCACGAUAACGGUCUCUUCACCCAACUCAUGGGCUGGAUAGAAGGCAUCCUCGAAUUCCUCCGCCAGGGCCCGAAAGCCGGCAAGCUCGACAUCAACGCCCUCUUCGCAGGCGCCGUCUCCGUCGGCCAACUCGACAAAGCCAAAGCCAUCGCCGAGAUCGACUCCCUCAUCGCCUGGCAGGAAGCCCGCAAGAAGUGGCACUCUGACAAGACGCGCCAGAAGAUGGCUGCUGAGGGCGGGGCCCCCACUGGCGUCGAGACCGUCCCUGGUGGCAUCGCGUUCAAUAGUGCGGAUUUCGGGCUCGAUCAGAUGGAUCUCCAGGAGAUGACGUACGCGGAGGAUGAGGAGGAUAGUAGUGAUGAGGAGGAGGACGACGAUGAGCUGGAUCCGAUUGCGGCGGAGAGGAAGAGGAGAGCGAGGAAGCAGGAUCAUUUGAGGAGGACGGCGGGGGAGCCGGUUAAGCCGGAGGUCGUGGAGGUGGAUAAUUUGAAGGAGAGCUUUUUGAGUAUGUUGAGAAUGGUGCUUGCUGAGUAGGUGGUGAGGGGGAGGGGGAGGGGGAGGGGGAGGGGUAGGGGAGGGGGAUUGAUAGGAUGGGAUGGGAGUGGAGAGGACUUGUAUAUGAGAUUUGUAUUGGAUCCGUAUAUGGACCGGGUUGGGUUCGGUUCUGCUUCUGGUAGAAUCACUUUGAGGUGGAGGUUAUGAAGACAUGGUCGUUUCUUCAGCGAGCGCUGCGUUGCGAAUCGAGAUCUUGCACAUGAGACAGUUCAUUGGCGAGGGAGAGCUUGACUGCGAGAACAUGAGAAGAUAGAGAGAGAUGAAGAGAAAACAAAAUAAAUGAAGAGGAAAUGAGAAAUGAAAUGAGAUAUAGACCAGACUAUUGAGAUAUCGAGCAAUGAUUGAAAUGA